AUGGUCUCCCGACAAAUCCUGGGGGUGCUUGCGCUGGCCCUCCUUUGCCUUUUCCAAUCAUGCGGAGCACUGCCAUCUGGAUCCGGAGUUUCACUGCUUGCUUCGGGCCCCGAAACUAAACUGGAACCUCGUCGGUUUGGCUUAGGAAAAGUUGGCUCUUUUAUAGGCAACAUUGUUGGAAGAUCGAAAGGAUCUGGGGGAAGUGUUGGGGGUAGUCAUAAGAAGCCAGACAACCAUGGUGAUGACAAGAAGGACGAUAAGAAGGGUGAAGCGCCAAAGGAACAAAAGAAAAAAGAUAAGAAGGAAGAGCCUCCAAAAGAAGAGAAGAAGGAAGAACCGCCAAAGCAGCAGUCAGGACAGGGGCAACAGCCCAGACAGCAACCAGGAGACCCGACGCAAGGACAACAGCCAGUGCAGGGACAACCCCCAGUACAAGGACAGCAACCGGGGCGGGGACAACAGACAGCACAAGAGCUAGCACAGCAAGUAUCCCAGCAGCAGCAAUCACAACAGCAACAAAUAUCGGCACAGCCAGAGCAGGGGCAACCGCAAGGGCAAGGAACAGCACAGCAAGCAUCCCAGCAGCAGCAGCAGCAGCAAUCAGCACCACAACAACAGUCAGGGCAAGGGCAACAGACAGCGCAAGGGACAGCACAGCAAGUAACCCAGCAACAGCAACAACAACCUCAAUCACCAACGCAACAGACAUUCGGGCAGCAACAAGAUUCAACACAGCCAGCACAACAAGUCCAUGUCGAUAAUACCCCUACCAGACAAGAUAUCUAUGGCUCAGCUGUUCUGGGAGCUGGUAUUGGAGCUAUUCCUGCAAGUCUCAGUGCCGCGACACUUAAAAAAGAAAAUGAACUUAAUAGGGAGCAAAAUGCUCAAGAAGGAGAGUUGAACAGGCAGCAAUCGCUGGAUCUGGCCGAGAAGCAAAUGCAAAGCAAUAGUGGUAGCGCCACUAACCCUCCUCCUUCUCCCAGCCCUUCUCCUUCUAGCAACCCUCUUCCUCCUGCCGACCCUGUUCCUCCUGCCAACCCUGUUCCCCCUGCCAACCCUGUUCCUCCUACUAAUCCCGGAAGCUCUGGCUACGACGACGCUAGCUAUGCUGGCUAUCCUGGAAAUACUGCCAAUGCUGGUGCUGCUGGCAAUGUUGGAAGCACUGGAUAUGGAGGUUCUAAUAUAGCAGGCACUACUGGCUCCACUGGUUCGACUGGCACCGUUGGCAAUGCCGGCUAUUCCGGAAAUACUAUCAAUGCUGGUUACCCUACCAAUACUAAUCAGAAGCGAGGAUUUCCACAAAUUAAUCAGGGGGUUCCUCGCGAAAUCCAAGAGGCCUAUGAUUCUUGUAAGAAGGACUUCAAUGAUCCUUCCUAUCUGAUUUAUUUCUAUGAGACCGGCUCUGACUCUAUUCGAUUGGAUGACGUUCCUCCAACCUGCAUGGAGGUCGCAGAAAUCCUCUCUGGCCAGCCUAAACUGGCUGCUGGCAGCCUAAAGCCAACUAUCAUUGGUUCUACAAGUAUUGAGUAUCAUGGACUCAGCGAGCAAGAGAUGGAGAACAUCAUGAACUCUCUAUAUGACUCGGAGACUCCAUAUUUAUGGUGA